AUGCUGCCUUGCCGUCUUGAGCAGACGUCUCACCGGUUCAUCUCGCUGCUCUUGGCAUUAGAUCGCUUACUCAUACAUGCCCCACUUGCUCCCUCUGCCGCCCUCUCACAGCCCCUCCGAUCCGCCGCCGCCAUCCCCUCUCGCUUCGUUCACAUCACUGCCGACUCUGCUUCCGCACUCGAUACCCCACCUGCCUCCGCUUCCGAGACUUUCAAGGUUCAGCUCUCCGAGGAGUCCUUCAAGGUCUACAAGCAUGACAUGCCCGGCCUCGAGGUAGAGACUUCCAAGGAGCACCUGUUGAAGCUGUACGAAGAGAUGGUCAAGAUGAGGAGGAUGGAAAUGGCCGCUGAUCAACUCUACAAGCAGAAGCUCAUCAGAGGUUUCUGCCAUCUGGCCAUUGGACAGGAAGCCGUCGCUGUAGGAAUGGAAUCCGGCAUGAAGCCAUCGGACAAGCUCAUCACCGCCUACCGCUGUCACCCCUUCACCAUCCAGCGGGGUGGAACAAUCAAGUCGGUCAUUGCCGAACUCUUCGGUCGCGAGGCUGGUAUCUCCAAGGGAAAGGGUGGAUCCAUGCACAUGUUCACACCCACCUUCUUCGGUGGUAACGGAAUCGUCGGAGCCCAGGUCCCCGUCGGAGCUGGUAUCGCCUUUGCUCAGCAGUACCUCGGUCGCAAGGACGCUGUCUUUGCCAUGUACGGUGAUGGUGCCUCCAACCAAGGACAGGUCUUCGAGUCCUUCAACAUGGCUGCUCUGUGGAAGCUUCCAUGUGUCUUUGUGUGCGAGAACAACAAGUACGGAAUGGGAACCAGCGCUGAGAGGUCAUCGAUGAACACUUCCUACUACACUCGAGGAGAUGUCAUUCCUGGUCUUCAGGUUAAUGCUAUGGACGUCCUCGCCGUGCACAAGGCUGUCAAGCAUGCUUCUGAGUACACCCUUGCUGGCAAUGGCCCCAUCAUCCUCGAGAUGGUCACCUACAGGUACCAGGGUCACUCACUCUCCGACCCUGGGACCACCUACAGGACACGAGAGGAGGUCCAGAAGAUGAGGAGUGGCAGUGACCCCAUUCAGGGUCUGAAGAACAAGAUUCUAGAGUGGGGCGUUGUGGAGGAAUCUGACCUCAAGGCUUUGGACAAGGCAGCCAAGGAAGAGGUGGAUCAAGCGGUCGAAGAGGCCAAGAAGAGCCCUGAGCCUGACGUCAAGGAGCUCUGGACAGACAUCUACUACCCUGGCUCCGAGCCCGACUUCAUGAGGGGUAGGGAGAAGGAGGAAAUUCACUACUACCGAAAGUAG